GAGAAGGUUCCAUCCUUUGUUUUCUUUUUAUCAUACAUGACUGAAGCAAUGUUAAGACCGAAUGGUCGAAUUAGAUUUUAGUUGUCUGAUCUCAGUUGUCUGAUUCAGUUGUCAAUCUUUGAAGCAAUCCUUAGUCUGUGCAAAUGAAUCUUACAACAUUCGCAGUUGCUAAUUCCACUUUUCCAGAGAGGCCGGGAACUGUAAACGUGUGAAACGAUGACUCCAAGCCACCACCACUCCCUACCUGGCCAUGAGCUUUAUGAUCGUCUACGGGAAGCUCUACGUUUGGCAUCCUAUGAUGAACUUGAUAGCAUCUUGAUCGAGCUUAAAACAGUAUGUUGUACCGCAGCGGAAGAAUCCGACAAGAAAGAAUGCGAAAAAAAGCGCAGCAUCGAAAAGGAUGAACUUAAAUUUUGGCUCAUCGAUGUUGGGCGCCUGAUGUUCGAAGAAAAGGCUAAAACUAGAGAGCUAGCUCUGGAUGCAUUUGAGUCUGCUGUGGUCCACAUCCGUACCACGGACUAUCAAGAUCAUUCAUCAUGGAGUGAAUUACGAGAGAUAGUCAGCAAGGAAUACACAUCCCUGCUGGAUAUAGCCCGCAGCGAGAAGGAUCCCAACUGGCAUCGGGUAUGGUCGGUUCUGGUGCGAAUUAUGAAUCGAGAUCUUUGCCAGGGCUCGACAAUCAUAAACAUGUUCUUAUCGAUCGUUGAAGCUGGAUUUCGUUCUCCAGAGCUAUCAAUCCGGGAACAAUCAUUUGAUUGCUGGAGGUUACUGGUUGAAAUCUUUGCCAAUAACAAACAGAUCAACAUACCUAAACGGGUGAAGUUGAUAUGCAUUCCGCUGAAAAGCUCCAAAUCCAAAACGGAAACAAUUGCAUUGAAAAAAUUUGACAUCUGGUGGUACCUGCUAUGCCAACUACGUCCGCAAUUGGACACUAUGGCCGAAACGAUUUUUGAACCAUUUAUAUACUUCUGUUUUGGACCUUCAUUUAAGACGCCCUUGUGCUAUUAUUUUGAUGAAUCAUAUAAAGAGCUCGGUGCUCCGGGUAAAAUGUAUCAGUCUAUCAAACAACUAUCAGGCAUUGCGUUAAUUCAUCUUCUAGGACCAGCCACGGAUAUUUGUAAAACGCUACUUACCUGUCCGGACAAUAGUGGUUCAACACUAUCUUUUGAAUUCCCUCAAACUGAAAUGGCCAUUUCUGAUAUGCUGUUUUCGACAAAAGCAAAAUUAAUAAUUGAUUCCUGUAUUGAGUGUACUGUACUGCUCUCAGAAAUGCAGCAUCUUGAUUAUAGAGCAGUUAACAGAUGUGUUUGGAAUAAUUUGAUAAGACGCAUUCAAAAUGAGAAAACGAUUCCCAAAAAUGAUAUGUUGCAGUGGAUCAAAGAGGACAUGAACGCGCUUUUAAAACUGUGUCUUAACUCCAAGCACGACACUGCCCUUCGUGAUCUACUGUAUGAUACAUUGUUAAUCAUUGCGGAGAGUGAUUUACUUCACGUCAAAAUUGGAUACGAUUCACCAGAGCAGUUGAUGUUUAAUUAUCAGAUGAUUAUGCCAUUUGUGUUAAACUCUCAUCUUCCGUUUCCUGAUUCGAAAAGUGAAGAAAUAACAAACUGCUUAUUUGAUCUGAAAAGAUACUCCGCUCAAAACGCGUAUUGGGACAUGCUUCAGAAAACUAUCCAAUACAUUUCCCAUCAAGACAAAAACAGUACCAAUAACAGCAUUCAGUUUCGCACGAUACGAACUCGCAUUUACAUACUGUUGGGAAAUCAUCUUGCUGAUCAAAUGAGUGCCGAUUCGGAAGGAUUUCUAGCUCAUCAAACCACAGUGAUGUCCUUUUUACUGUACCCAUUGGAAUAUGACCAGCUACUUUUAGUUGAGAACGUGAAGGAACUCUGGACUAAGCUGUAUGAUGCAGUGGUAAAGCAUGACUCAAAAUGUUGCGAAUUAAAAAAUACAUUCUGCGAAAUGAUAAAAGCCAUGACGGUCGCAAAGCAUGGUUACAAUCUCGCAGUUCUGGCAGAUUUCUUCUGUUACAUAAUACAGUCACUGCCAGCGCACUUCGAAGCUACAAGUCCACCCGUAAAAGUGUUGGAGCUUUUUAAAGAUGUUUCUAGAAAAGGGCUCGCCUACAAAUCGAAUCUGGAUCGCGUGGAGGUAAUGGUACGUUGCUUCCGGGAACUUUUGGAAAAAUUGGACGCCAGAGAUAUAUUGAUCUUGGUGUUACCGAUAAGGAAUGCAAUUAACGAGCUGGUUUCGAAUGAAAAUGGGUUGGCUAUGAACGAAGUGAAAAAAACACUUAAAGUUGUAUCCAACAAAAUGCUUCUGAAGGAAAUGACUACGGAUUUGAUCUCUCAGUCCAAUGAUGUGAAAUGGAAUUACAAAAUGUUACUCAAGACCUUAUUAGAUUUACCAGAGGAUUUAAAAAAGGGUUGGAAAACUGCGGAAAUGAAAAAGCGUAUGAUCGCCUGUGAAGGUAACAUUAGCAACACCAAAACUCCAACACGUAAAACACCUGACGAUGAGUUCGUGGUGAUAGAAAAGGUAUGGAAGUUCCAACCGGAAAUGCUAACUGAACAUCAACGGGAAAAAAUGAUGGAGAAGCGAACAGAUAUUCCUGCAUUGUACAACGAUAUGAGCCAAUCGCAAGACAGUUUCGUUAUAAAACCGUGGACACCAAGUAAGGGUGUUGCUUCGUUAAAACAGGAACGUACUAAAGCUACCGCUGCUGUAACCACUGUUGACAACGCGCCUCCAAACCCGGUAGAAAGCAGUAUUGCAGCAAAAGAAAUCAUAGAAACUUUAUCGACAGUAGAAAGCGAUCCACUUAUAUCGACGACAACGGACAGUGCAUGUGAUUCCAACACGCACCGUUUAGAUAAAGAAAACAACAAUGGGAAUGUUCUGCGUGACCAAUCUGUAACAUCCUUAGAAAAGGAGGGGCAAACCGAAUCAGAGGAAGACAAGACGGCGGAAAAGCAACAAAACCGAAGAAAAUCUAUUUUAGAUCAACUGCGCAUCGACACAGUGGAAGGUAAAAAUCUUAAUGUGAUGAAUUUGUCACGCACCCGGCAUUCGGAAUUAUUGGAAACAAGAACCACAAGACGGAAAAGUAUGUCGAGUCAAAAAAUGGGGAACGAGAAAAAAAGAAAUAAUGGUGAAAUUAUAAACCACGACACCAAGAGUGCUUCUGCGUCAAAGGCAGUUAAAUCGAAAGGAACACAACAACGAGAAAGGCGAAUGUCUAGAAAACUGUUAAAGUUUGACAAUGACGAACAAGCUACCAAUUCAACGCCGUCUUCGUCGAGUCAACAUCAAUCCAAAGCUGAUGUAUCAGAUGAUGUAAUCGAAUCAUCUCAAUCCGACUCAUCUGAAACGACUAACAGAAGAACAUCCUUUGCAAAGCCAAAAGCUCAAGAACCGAAAGAAAAAACAAUCGCCCCACCGGCGCCAAGCACGGAAAUGAAGCAAACUGAAGAGAUCACGCUGCAAAACGAAACCCCUCAUCUAUCGCCCAUCAAAGAAAUGAAUGCUUCUGAUACUAGCACAGGCACUAAAGUAAACGACGUACAAAAUAAUGAAUCAGACAAUUCUGUACUUCCGAAUCAAAAAAAAGAAACUGGGGUAACUGUACCGGCAGAAACAAAAGAAUCACCUAAUAAAGGGAUUGCCUCCGAUGACAGCACUACGAAACCGGAAACACACCAACAAAGUUCUUCAACGAGUUCUGCUUGUGAACAACAAAAUGCUGUAGUAACAAGUCCAACCGUUAUGCUGUCCCCAAACAGACGCUCCUCUCGGCUGUCUCUGGAAGAUAACAAGCAGAACAUUGGCAAGUUGGUUGCUUUUUCGCCAAAGAAAUUGUUGGAAAAUAAGAAUGUGACAACAUUAUUAUACAGUCCCUCCAGAUCAAUUCAUAAGCAAGAAAUAAUGUGCAAAGGUACGCCAUCGAAAAACACUAAUGAUGCCUGCAAUAACGCAAUGAGAGAAGCGCUACAGAUCGGCAGCUCGUCGAACAGCACCACUAAUGACAAAGAUGAAUGUAAACUAGUUGAGAAUCGGAGCGGUUUGUCUAGCCCCAAGGUUGCACGGUUUAGUCCAUUAGUUGUGUUGGAACCGAUUGUAAAUCUCGGAAAGCCAUUGCAGGACGUCGAUGGAAGUGAACCAAAAGACAUCUCUCAUCCCAUCAGCUCAGCGAUGGUAACGCAAAACGACGAGAAACUUUCUAGCUGCAAUGCACAGCAAUCACAACCAUCCGAAGAACAUCGUGCAUCACACCUUACUCCUGCCACGCAUGUAGAUACGAAUGCCGAUUGCACCCCUAAGAUGUGUCCAGAACAACCGAUGAUAUCUGUAGAGCAAUCCACCCGUGAACAAUCAGAACUUGGCAUGGAACAACUUUCUCCUAUUAAGAAUUUGGACGAGGAGAUGGAGCCGCUGAAUAAGUCGCUCAAUCGUAGCAUAGUAUCAUCGCCAGAUCUUGCCGGUGUGGAAGAUAGGAAUGCCGAUUUGUUGAAUAGUACAUUGAAUAUUUCUCCAAUUUCGGAAGAGAAAGGUACCAUGACUAAAUGCGUGGAUAGUGGAGAGUUGGCCGGUAGCGCUGAUAGACGUUCAUCUGGACGGAUUGUUGGUAGAGAACGGGAAAUAAUUGCAACCAGCAACACACCCGUACAAACACCUCUUAUGUCCCGUCGCACUAAGCCCGACCCAACACCGCAGACUCCUUCAGGAUCGGGUAGUGGACUUAAAGCUCGCCGUCAGCAGCAGCCCUCUAUUACACGAAGUCCAAGGACAAGUAUGAUCGGUAUGGGUGGGCGUGGUGCACAACUGAUCAAUUUGAUUCGCAACCAACAAACCGAUCAAUCUCCAAAACCGAACACUCCUCCCCAAAAUGCAUCGACACCGAAGGGAGGCCAAUCAUCAGCUACCGCAAACCGUCUCAUGAUGCGCAAGAGAGCCAUUGUGGGGAGUGCCGCUUCUUCAGCACCAGUUGAUGACAGCACAGCCUUAGAAACGUUGAAAGAAAGAGAGGAAAUGAGUCACAAUAAUCCAUCCCAGUACUUGGUUUUCUCGAAAGUACUUCCUUCACCACAAGCAUCGCCAGCAGGUAGCAUACUGAAACGUAGGCACAACCAGGAUGAGAGUGGUGAUGAUAUUGAUUCACCGGUUAACAAGCGAAAACGCGUAAGUUUUCACGAUCCUCCUGUAUCUCUUACCAAGGAAUAUAUUCGACAAGUGGAAGAGUGUCGUCCAGCAUCGGUGAGUCGCAGUCUGCAACUAAACAGCAACAUUAUGUCGUCAGCUGAUAGGGCAAAGUUUCUGAUGAGACGUAAAAGCAAAUCAGAUAGCAUUUCAGAACUGCAAAACUUUACCAACGAGCAGACAAAUGCAGCAAAGAAAACGGAUGCCGCGAUCUCCGAGAAUGCACCGAAUGACGAGAAUAUGGAAGGUGAGGAAGAGGAGCUAACAUCUUCGCCGGAAUCGUUGGAUGAGCACGAGUUCAUGAUGCAUGAUGGUACGAAUAAUAUGACCGCGCUGCAGGUCUCCUCUGACUGUAUGGAUGUGGAUGGAAAUGAAAACAAAUCUAAUUCGAAAUCAAAAAUAGACGAUGGAAAAGAACAGAAAACAUUAGGUCCAUUCAACAAGCAGCAAGGAUUCUCAGAAAUUUUAGAAAAAUCUAAUGAAACACAGAGUAAACACAUUUUCCCUUCUGAGGAUGCCGUUUUGGAGCAUGUGAUGAACCGUUACUCACUGGAUGAUAUGUUUGAGCGCUACAUUGCGGCUGGAAAAACGUUGGAAAAAACAAAGACAAUUCGAAGUUUAACAAAGGAACUUUCGUCAAAAAUGUCGGAUGAUUCAAAAACCCGUGACAUAGUGCUGGAUGAGCUAUCCGAGCGACAUUCGGUGGAAUUCCUGGACCAUGCCAUACAGGAAAACUCCAACGCUAAGGUUUGUGAACGUUUAUCAACCUUGGCGAUGAUGGAUCAUGUAUUCAAGCAGUUGCAUACUGCGUACAACGCACCGUCGGGUGAUAAAACUCCUGCUGUUCCACAGAACGAAAAAGAAGAGACAAUUCGGUUAAUAGAGAACAUUUACGAAAAUCUAUUAAGCUUGCCCAUCAUUGAAACAGAUAGUCCAAAGUUAAUAGAUCUUCGGGAGCAGUUGUUGAAACAAGGACUAGCGCGUAAAAGUCGUUUGGAGAUCAUGGCAUUGUUAGAACAUUACUUCAAAUCUUCCUCUUCAGAGUGAUCGUUGCAGCCUUCAUUUACGUAUUUUGACAACAACUGCUGCUGUGCGUGUUGGUGAAUUAAAUUUGCGAAUAGUCCUUCAAUAUCUACUAGAAGAAAAUAUUAUUUUACUAUGUCGUUUCAGAUGACGCUAAGUAUUUAUUGUAAUAUAAUUAACUUUUUAUUGUACUUGUU